GUGAGCAUCACCACCAUGAAUCACAUGACAAGCUCCCACUCUUUCAUUUCAGUGAGUGAGAGACACAGUCCUUUACUACUCAUCAAUCCAUGGCAAUGAAAGGUAACCGUUAGAUCUCCGAUGAAUACUGUAAGAGUGCGUACACUGCACUCCAUCUCAUUUCAAUGUCGUAUAUGUGAAUCAACCUUAUCGAUCUUAAUUUCUUUUUCAUAAUCAAUAAUCAAUAAUACGAUUCUUUGCUUCCACUUUUUCUCAACUCUUUAUUCUUCUUCUCCAUUUAUCUUCAUACUUUUCAAUGACUUGUUGACUCGACUCUCACUCAUUUUUCUCCUCCACGCGCUUUUCUUCACUUCAUGUCACUUGGAUCCAAUCCACACUGAUCUCAAAGACUAUUGAGGUUGGUGGUGAGAAAUGAGGUUGUUGGUGGAGUUUGGGUGUGUAUUUAUGAUUCUAUUUGCUCUUGUGUUAUAUGGUGAGGCAGAGGUUUACAUAGUAACUGUUGAAGGUGAGCCUAUCAUAAGUUACACUGGUGGUAUUGAUGGGUUUGAAGCCACUGCUGUUGAAUCUGAUGAGAAGAUUGAUACCUCAAGUGAGUCGGUGACUUCUUAUGCGCGCCAUCUUGAAAAUAGACAUGAUAUGCUUCUGGGGAUGCUGUUUGACCGUGGGACAUAUACGAAACUCUAUAGCUAUAGACAUCUUAUAAAUGGGUUUGCAGUUCAUCUUUCCCCAGAACAGGUAGAAACUCUUAGACACGCUCCUGGUGUGAAAUCUAUUGAGAGGGACUGGAAAGUGAGGAGACUUACAACGCAUACGCCAGAAUUUUUGGGGCUUCCAACCAGUGUUUGGCCAACAGGAGGCGGCUGUGAUAGGGCUGGAGAGGACAUUGUGAUUGGAUUUGUCGACUCUGGGAUAUAUCCUCACCACCCAAGCUUUGCGACUCAUAAUACUGAACCAUAUGGACCACUUUCAAAAUAUAGAGGAAAAUGUGAAGUUGAUCCUGAGACUAAAAAAAGUUUCUGUAAUGGAAAGAUUAUAGGAGCACAACAUUUUGCUCAAGCUGCAAAAGCUUCUGGAGCAUUUAAUCCUUCAAUUGAUUUUGCGUCUCCUCUCGAUGGAGAUGGCCAUGGAAGUCAUACAGCCUCUAUUGCAGCUGGAAGAAAUGGAAUUCCUGUGAGGCUGCAUGGACAUGAAUUUGGUAAAGCAAGUGGAAUGGCUCCCCGUGCCAGGAUUGCUGUGUACAAAGCACUCUAUAGACUGUUUGGAGGGUUUGUUGCAGAUGUAGUUGCUGCACUUGAUCAGGCUGUACAUGAUGGAGUGGAUAUACUCAGCCUUUCAGUUGGACCAAAUAGCCCGCCCGCCGCCACGAAAACCACGUUUUUGAAUCCUUUUGAUGCUACACUUCUUGGGGCUGUGAAAGCUGGUGUGUUUGUUGCACAGGCUGCAGGAAAUGGUGGCCCUUUUCCUAAGUCAUUAGUUUCAUAUAGUCCGUGGAUAGUAUCUGUGGCAGCUGCAAUUGAUGAUCGUAGAUAUAAAAACCAUCUGACCCUUGGAAAUGGAAAAAUCUUAGCAGGACUUGGGUUGUCACCUUCUACACAUUUAAACCAAACAUACACAUUGGUUGCUGCAAACGACGCGCUGCUAGAUUCUUCAGUUAUGAAGUACAGCCCAUUAGAUUGCCAGAGACCAGAGGUCCUAAACAAGAAUUUGAUAAAGGGGAAAAUUCUUCUCUGUGGCUAUUCUUUCAACUUUGUUGUUGGUACUGCAUCAAUAAAGAAAGUUUCAGAAACAGCAAAGGCCCUUGGAGCAGUUGGAUUUGUUCUCUGUGUAGAAAAUGUUUCUCCUGGAACGAAGUUUGACCCCGUCCCUGUUGGCCUUCCUGGGAUUCUAAUCACAGAUGUCAGCAAGUCAAAGGAAUUGAUAGAUUAUUAUAAUAUCUCCACAUCAAGAGACUGGACUGGAAGAGUGAAGACUUUCAAAGGUAUAGGUAAAAUUGGGGAUGGUUUGAGGCCUAUUCUCCAUAAAUCCGCACCACAGGUGGCAUCAUUCUCUGCUAGAGGGCCAAAUAUAAAGGAUUUCAGCUUCCAAGACGCCGACCUCCUUAAACCAGAUAUAUUAGCUCCGGGUUCGUUGAUUUGGGCUGCUUGGUCUCUAAACGGAACUGAUGAUUCAAAUUAUGAUGGAGAAGGAUUUGCCAUGAUGUCUGGAACUAGCAUGGCUGCCCCACACAUUGCUGGAAUUGCUGCUCUUUUAAAGCAGAAACAUCCACGUUGGAGCCCUGCAGCCAUUAAAUCAGCCUUGCUUACAACAUCAACAACUCUAGACAGAGCAGGAAGCCCAAUUCUAGCACAGCAAUAUUCUGAAACAGAAGCCGUGAAACUGGUCAGAGCCACUCCUUUUGAUUAUGGAAGUGGACAUGUGAAUCCAAGAGCAGCCAUGGACCCUGGGCUCAUCUUUGAUGCAGGAUACAACGACUAUUUAGGAUUCUUGUGCACAACACCUGGCAUUGAUGUUCAUGAGAUAAAGAACUACACAAACUCACCAUGUAACAAAACUAUGGGCCAGCCAUAUAAUUUAAACACUCCAUCCAUUACAAUUUCCCAUCUUGUGAGAACUCAAAUUGCAACCCGCACAGUCACAAAUGUUGCUAAGGAAGUAGAAACCUACGUGAUGACAGCUAGAAUGCAACCAGCAAUUGCCAUUGAAGUGAACCCUCCAGCAAUAACCAUCAAAGCUGGUGCAUCACGUAGGUUUACCGUGACACUUACUGUUCGGACAGUGACAGGAACAUAUAGUUUUGGAGAGGUUUUGAUGAAGGGAAGUAGAGGACACAAAGUGAGGAUCCCUGUUCUGGCUAAUGGUUACUCAAGAUAG